AAAAAGGAAACGUAAUUGCACUUCCCCACCACAGCCAAGAAGAAGGAUCCGCCGUACAGUGUGUCAGGUAGCCACACCGAUCAUCCCUUAUUUCCAAUUUUACCCUCACUCUGUUGCGGUGGCGCCACAUCACUGGGCCCUCACCAUAACAACCCUGAGCCGCCCCGCACUCUUUAAAACCGCGACGUUCAUAUUUUUAAUCGCUCCCUUCUCCUUCCUCUUCCGUCGCCCUCCCUCCAAUACCGCCUCCCCUUCUAAACCUCUCAUUAGAGACAGACACACAUAAUUAAAACCAAACCUACAAGCAAUAAACCUUUUCCCUCUUCUUACAAAGGCCAAAAUCAAAAGUUCCUUUUCGCGGCAUCGUUUGUUUCUGUCUGGUCGGAAUCGGAUUCCUCAGCGCAGUGUCGGGAAAAAAAAAAAAAAAAAAAAAAAAAAAAAAGGUAUUUUGAGGCGGGAGUGGGAUACCCAAUUGGCGGGUUGAUGAAAUGCGCGAGGUGGGUGGUGUUGAAUUGAGUUGAAUUGGGGCAUGUGAUUGGAAGGGUGAGGGAUGGCUCGGGAUGGGAGCGUCGUCCCUGCGGACCCGCAGGGAAUGGCGGUUGUGAAGAAGAAGACACAGUCUUCGAGGAGUUGGAUUCUGUUUGAUGGCACGGGCCAAGGCUCGUUGCUGGACGUGGAUAAAUAUGCCAUCAUGCAUCGCGUUCAGAUUCACGCUCGUGAUCUCAGAAUCCUUGAUCCCUUGCUCUCUUACCCCUCCACCAUUCUUGGUCGCGAGAAGGCCAUUGUUCUUAACUUGGAGCAUAUCAAGGCAAUUAUCACCGCCGAAGAGGUAUUGCUGAGAGAUCCAACAGAUGAAAAUGUGAUCCCAGUUGUUGAGGAACUGCAAAGGCGGUUGCCUCGAUUAAGUGCUAAUAAUCAACAGCAAGGAGAUGGUAAAGAGUAUCUUGGUGGCCAAAAUGAUGCUGAAGCAGCUGAAGAAGAUGAGUCACCCUUUGAAUUCCGAGCCCUGGAGGUAGCUUUAGAAGCCAUUUGCAGUUUUCUUGCUGCACGUACAACAGAAUUGGAGAUGGCUGCUUAUCCUGCAUUGGAUGAACUUACCUCCAAGAUCAGUAGUCGUAAUUUGGACAGAGUUCGUAAACUGAAGAGUGCAAUGACAAGGCUGACUGCUAGGGUUCAAAAGGUCAGAGACGAGCUUGAACAAUUGCUGGAUGAUGAUGAUGAUAUGGCUGACCUAUACCUCUCAAGAAAGGCAGGUUCAUCAUCACCAGUUAGUGGAUCAGGUGCUGCAAAUUGGUUUGCUGCUUCCCCAACCAUAGGAUCAAAGAUAUCUAGAGCAAGUAGAGCAAGUGUGGCAACAGCUCGUUUCGAUGAAAAUGAUGUGGAAGAGCUUGAAAUGUUACUUGAGGCUUAUUUCAGUGAAAUUGAUCACACAUUGAACAAAUUAACCACACUGCGAGAGUACAUUGAUGAUACUGAAGAUUAUAUUAAUAUUCAACUUGACAACCAUCGUAAUCAGCUGAUUCAGUUAGAGCUCUUUCUUAGCUCUGGAACUGUUUGUCUUUCUUUCUACUCUUUGGUAGCUGCUAUAUUUGGCAUGAAUAUCCCAUAUACUUGGAACCAGAACCAUGGUUUCAUGUUCAAAUGGGUAGUUAUUGUCUCAGGAGUAUUUUCUGCUUUGAUGUUUGUCAUGAUUACAGCCUAUGCUCGUAAAAAGGGGUUAGUUGGAUCAUGAAAAGCAACGGGGGUGCUGAGAAUGAACUCUUGGACCCUACAUAUAAUAGUCUAAUGAAUUAUGUUGUGAAGCUGGUUCAACAUGUCGCUGAGUUAUUUAAAGGAUCUAGUUCCUAAGUUGAUAUACAUUGAGAGGGUGUAAGCCCUUGGAUCCUGCCUGCUAUUUGCUCACCCAUUUUGUUCUCUGGAUUCAGUCAUUAUUACGACAGUAAAUACAGUCUACUCAUUCAAACUUGAUUAUUCAUUUUGAAUAAUUUCAAGGCCUUGAUAUGUAAUUAAAUUAUAAAUCAAGUUGAAUAUGCUAAUCCUUACGCGCUUUUUCUCUC